AUGAAGAAAAAUGAAAUUGAAUUUCAGGAUAGUUCUAUUUCCAUUAAGAGACAGCCACUUUUAAAUAGGAAACAAAGUUAGGACAGGAAAGAUGGUCUUGGAAAGUCAUCUUAUCGCGAUGAUCCCUUAGGCUAAUUAAAAAAAUCUAUUCUUGAAGCUAGUGCGCAUUAAUAGUUUGAUCAACAUCCAUCUCUUUAAGAAUUAUAUGAUUCCUUAGCCUUAAUGAGUCUCGAAUAAAAAUGCCAUCAGCUUUUAAAAUCGGUCUAAGAAUAAGAAGUCUAGGAAAUUCUAGCCAUCUUAGAUCAUUUUAAUACAAUUUCACCUCGGCCAAAACUCAAAAAUAUAUAUGACUAAAAAUAAUAGACUAUUCUUCAUAUAUCAUGCUUUAAAAACUUACCAACUGCUGUUGAAAGGAUCUUAAUGUAUGAGAAGGCUAAUUCAACAAUUGAGGAAUUCAAUAACUGGAUAAAUUUAAAAAAUAAGGAUUCCUUCGCAUCAGUUCAUUUUGCUGCAUAUGCAGGAUCAAUAGAAACAUUAGAAAUUUUAAAAAAAUAUGGAGCAGAUACUAAAGUUAAAAAUUAAUAGGGUCAAAAUGCACUAUCCAUUGCAGCAUAAGGCGAUCAAGUGUCUGCUAUGGUUUGGCUAUAUUUGCAAGGGUUGUCCUAUACUGAAUAAGAUGAAAAAGGGGGAACUCCUUUACAUUGGGCUACUUAUUAUGGAAGUGAGUUUGCAGUGCAAUUUUUGCUGAGUUGGUUACAAAAAACCAAGGAGGGCAAAAAAAUUAUUAACUAGUAAGAUACAGAAGGGAUGACACCUUUACAUUUAGCAGCAAUGACAGGAAAUUAAAGAAUUGCUAAAAAACUUCUCUAUAAAGGGAGCUAAAAAAGCCUUAGGGACAUUAAAAAUUAAACUCCAGCCUAAACAGCGUUAGAUAAUGGAUACGAUAUAAUCUAUAAAAUUUUGGAAACAAAUAAUUGUCUAAUGGAAUUUUUAAAUAUCCGAGCAAGUUAUAAACCUGCCUCAAUCAGUUGGAGUUAGAUUUGUUCAUUUUUUUUAAUUUAUUUCUAUUGCAUGAUUGGCUCCGUUAUUUUUGUAUAUCCAUUUUUUGAUACUGAUACUUGGUUAUAGUAUUUAUCAAUAGCAUCAUUUUUGAUUGGACUAGUUUUUUAUUUUUUGACCAUGUACAUAAGUCCAGGGUAUGUUGAAAAAAAUGAUGAUUCAAGAAAAUUAUUCUCACUUCUCACUUAAUAUGAGCCUUGGGAACUCUGUCCAGAAUGCUAAAUACAUAAACCAUUAAGAUCUAGACAUUGCGAAUUUUGUUCAAGAUGCGUCAUUGUCUACGAUCAUCAUUGUCCUUGGUUAAACAAUUGUAUAGGAGCUAAAAAUUAUCCCUAUUUUAUAUGCUUUAUUUUGACCAUCUUUAUAAACUUAAUUCAUCUAAUUAUAUUGAACGCAAUAUUUUUGAUACAUUAUUAUCCUGCUAACUUAAAUAAUCCUCAUUAUCCAUGGUUCAAUAAUGUCACCAAUUUAAAGGCACUCGAUAUCUCCAAAAUAUGCGUUCAAUCCUCUAUUUUAAUUUUAUGCAUACUCUUUCUAUUCCCCUUGGCAUACUUGAUCUAUGUUUAAAUGGAUAAUUUAUUUAGAAACAUAACUACUUUUGAAAAAUAUCGACAAGAAGAACAAACUAAUGUUUAAGGAUCAAAAGAAAAGAAGAGUCAGCAAAGUAUCGAAUCUACUUCAUCUAUUAAAUCAUAAGUGUAACAUAAUAUAUCAUGUUCAAAUUGUAUAGAAAUGUGUUGUAACAAUUCAAAAAAUACUUCAUUUCAAAUUUGA